AUGAAUGUUGCCAUUAUCGCUGCUACGGCUGCUGCUCGAGCUUCCACUUUUGCACAAGGCCAAGCCGCCACUGAUGGGAGUUUCUUCAUUUGUCAUCGACAAUCAUUGUCUGGAAAUAGCUACCGGUCAACUACUCGGGUCUCGUCACUCCGCCAUCCUCAUGGAGUUGAGGGAUACAAUACAGAGCGAUGCUGCCAUGGAUCACAUCAUGCCUCGCCGAGAAUGCCUUCGUUGACCCUGUCGUGGUCGGUAUCCUCCAACCUUAUUAGAGGAGUUGGUCGGUAG